CACGAGGUGAUGCUGCGAGUGUUGUUUGCUGAUUUCAGUGGAGAGCAAUAAAGGCGUUUCUGUGCACGAGCUCAGCGAGCAUCAGUGCAGUAGCUGCUGUUGGAGCAGGUCUGUUACACUGACACACAACACCAUCCCACAUCAGUGCUCUUUUCAGUAUUCUGUGUGACUACAGCAACAUGACUAUGAACAACACAAACGAUACUGAACACUGGGCCAUUUAUAAUGAAUUUUACCAAGUCUACAUCUGGGUGCUGGUAGGUGUGGGUGUGCCUGGCAAUGUCGCCUGCAUCUUAGUAACCACAUCCAUGACCCUCACUACAGCCACCUUAUACAUGUCCUUGCUGGCCGUAGCUGACCUGUUGGCUCUGGUACUGAGGCUUAUAUCUCACCAGAUCAGCCUUUAUAAUGUGCCAUUAAAUACCUUUGGUUGUAAAGUGCGUGUGUUUGUAGAUGUAGUCGGCAACUACGCCAACUGGACUCUGGUGAUGGUGUGUUUCGAACGGUUUUUAUCCAUUCGCUUUCCUCUCAAGAAGAAAAUCUACUUCACCAAGAAGAGAGCUAUUCUCAUCGCCGUGUUACUGGGGAUGAUAGUGUGUUUGUGUUAUAUUUAUGACUUCAUUCAAAAAGACCACUCAUGGGGAGCAUACUGUGCGUCUUAUUUUGAUUUCUUCACAAACUACUGGCACUGGAUUAAAGCCUGUAUCUACUAUUUUCUUCCCUUCAUCCUCCUCCUUAUCUUUCCUUGCCUUAUCAUCGUCAGUCUCAGGCGUCAACGAAAGGCGCGCGAGGCCAUGGUAAGGACAACCCCGGACACGUCAGGGGAGACAACGCAGACAAGAGUUGAGUUCGCCAUCUCUGUCAUGGUGGUGUGGGAUGCAAUCGUCGUCAUUGUCACCUUCUCUCCGAUGUGCCUCUUUUACCUUUUGCUACCAUUCAACGUAGUGAAAGAACCCUUGACGGCUGCAAUGUUAACGUAUAUAGCAACAGCUUUAUCAGAAGCGAACUACGCUGUAGACUUUGUGAUAUACUUUGCUGCCUCCAAGAAGUUCCGUUCUCGUUUUAAAAAGCUGAUCAGAACAUGUUUGACCUGCAGGUGUAGAAGAGAUCAAGAGUAGCUAUGUAGAUGUACAUCAUUUCGAUAUUAGAGGUAUCCUUUUUAUUUGAGUGACAUUGAUGUUUAUUUAAGUUCUGCAUGUUUGAGACACUGUUCAAAUGCUCAUAAAAUAUUAGACAUGUUUCUAAUAGUUUCUUUAUCUAUUUAACUUAAUAAUAAAUUUGUGUUAUAUAAGAAAAUGCUAUGGAUAAAUAUUAUUUGGUGAAGCAGAUACUUUUAACAAUGUACAAAUACGCCGAUUUUAUUUCUUCAACGUGAGACAGGUUUCUGGGUGUUUCUAUACAUGUUUGUGUAAUGUCUCAUUUUUGACACCUGGUUUACAAGUGUUUCAGUACAAAGACAGUUUGAUUGAAUUGAACUUUGUCGUUGACGAAGAUACCUAGAACAAUUGUAUGAUAACUUAUCUAGCUUUCCAUGGUCACUGACUUUUAUGAAGAAGCAACGCAGUGCAACUUCCAUCUCUUUUCUAUCCGCCACUUACACACCAUUGAGUCUUGUAAUAAAUGUUUUAAAAGCACAUCUUGUCUACAAGCCCUGCUUCACACACGGUCCAUUAAAUGAAAAUAUAACCAUCAGAUUGUUUACCCUUAUUCGUCCUCUCGAUAUUUCAGUCUUCGUUACUUGUAGCUAGCAUUGUGUCUUUUAAAUUAUGAGUCACACAUUGAGUCAAAGGAACUCGUUCGUGACACACCCGCAUACACCACGUCCACUCGUGCUCUUUUAAGCAGCAAAGCACAAACGCUUCCAGAAUUUUAUAUUUUAGCCCACUCACCCCCACCUUAUAAAACGAAAUUUUCUUUUUUUUUCCUAUUUUAAAUUUUUUGAAGAACAUACACAAAACAGUUGUAAUAUGUCGUCAUGAAAAGACAACUCUUAACAAGCAUGUGACACACGUUAUCUGCCAUUGUUGAUUGGUAUGUUGGUGUGUGUUUCUAAUAAUAAUAAUUACAUAGCUCAUUUGCUCACAGGGAAUACGAGCUCAGUACACUUUUGCUUCUGUAUAAGAACGUCCUCGGAAUACAAAUGACGAUUGCACGUGGGCGGAGUGUUUCCGGUAAAUUAAGACUUUAAUGACGCGCCGCACAGCUGCAGAAAUUUUAACUUUUACAAUGCCUUUAAGAGUCAUCAAUGUUAGUCUCCUAUUUGUUAUCUCAACAUAAUUAUACAUCAAGUCCAGACCACUUUUUCACCUUUGUCUUUUAACUCCGUUUGACACUUUGAAAUGUCUGCUUUCAAGGCGGUCUUCAUCGUUUUAAAUGAGAUGUGCUCCUGUGAACAUUUUACCUGAGAUUUGUUACUAUACAAACAUUGAUUAUAUUAACGAUAAAUUAGUUGGAAAAUCGUUUGAAAAAUAGUGGAAAAUGAAUAAUUAAAAUAAGUCUUAGGAGAAGCACACUGAGAGAGCAGCAGGAAAAUAAGUACUUUUUUGAAUGUUUGUAAAAGAGUCCAGAAUGAAAUAAAAUAACAAAAGAAGGCACAAAUAAAUGCACACAAUUAUCUAAUUGUUUCCAUUAAUACUAUAAGACGAUUUACUACGUAGUUGUGACUGCAGUUGACGUGGGAGACCAAAGGUCGCUGGUGACUAAUGGCGAGUCUCUUAAGCGCAUCUGAACUUUGAAAAGUGUGAUGUGUCUCCACAAUAAGAGCCAGAUAAUAAAAGUCACCUUUGUGAUGACUGUUGUAACAUUAUGGAAGGAUAUUUGUCAGUAGGAUCUUUGUUGCUGGCGGCGCCCCUGACAAUAUCGCAUUCAUUAUCACAGCCAGGCUAAUGACCUUUAUUAAGGCCACCUGACACAGCUUCCUGUUCGGGGUCACAGACCUCUUGGCUCGAGUGUUCACGUUUACCUUACAUCAGAUUUGUCAGGACAGGAUGCUACUAAAUAUAGUCGUAGUUAGUGCUGGUACCCAAGCCGAGCCCGUCCUCGUCUCUUUCUACUGACAUUCUUUUCAGUCUGCUUUUCUUUUAAUAAACAAGUCUGCUAAUUGUAAUCUCCACACUACCUAGGAUGCCAUUUUGUUCGUGGUAUUUGUGAACACUUAUGUAGAGAUUCAUUGUGAGUACGCUAGUAAAUUGGCCUACAUUCAUGGUGAAGGUCAAGAUAAUCCGAUGAUUGUACUCUCAUGGAGGGACUGGGGUAUCACAACGCUCCUUAUCUUCAGGGCAAAGUUUUGUGGUUUUGUACCUUCCUUGCUAUUUUAACUUUACCAAACCUCUUAGAAGUUAAUUACCAGCUUCACAGCUAGGUCUCACGAGUUUAGAACCUUCUAUUUUGCACACAUACGGGUUCGAACCCUAUUUCUUUAGCCACCAGCUAUCCGCUCCGCCUACGCUUACUGCUACGUUUUGCGAUCGCGUAAAACAUCUUUUGCUCUUCGUGUUGUUCUUCAACAUCUGCCUCACCUCAAGGGUGUAAGGACUGGAACUGGCAGGUAUGAGUUGUUACACAGUGCAUGAAAUAAAAGUAAUGUGGCGAGACGGGGGGAAGGAGAGGCGGAGGAAGGAGAGGCUUGAGAUGAGUGUAGUACAGGCAGUAAUGGUUUAUAAGACACGAGAUUUGUUUACGAGUAUCUCAUGUGAGGAGUCUUAUCUUUUCAUGCUGAUAAUCACUAACAGCAUCACGUGACUCGCCCUCGCUUGGGUGCUUCUGCUGAUUUAAGUGGGUGAGACAAAGAUUGGGAUGCACUUUUACUGGCAGGUGCGAUUGAGUUUAAAUUUAAUUUUAUUGUGUAUAAAACUCCUGACAAGAAGAGUUUCCUUCCGUUUCCAUUGUAAGAGCCAAAACUUCUUACUGCCUACAUCAGUCGUUUGAGUUUUUGUUACAUUUCAUAUACGAUAUUCAUCUGCCACAUCAUCAUCCUCUGCUACAAGAGUCUAAGUAAAUUCUAAAACAUAUUCUCUCUCUUGCCCGAAACUACUCCCUGUUAA